AUGUUCACGGUUUUUACGCGAAAGCUUCGCAGUUCGCGCUUACUUCUUUUCGUAUACCUUCACUUCGCGUCUACUGGACUGACAAAGGGUGCCAGUAGUAACCGUUCCCUCACACUCUUGCACAUAGUCUACAGACAUGGAGACAGGACCCCCAUUUCGACGUACAAGAACGAUCCGUAUCCCCUGUCAGUUUGGAAAGAAGGGCCUGGACAGUUGACAAAUACCGGGUGCAAGCAGCACUACUUGCUGGGCGGGCACCUCAGGAACAUUUACUCAAACCACGGCCUCAUCACGGGCAAUCCUCACGAGAUACACGUAAGAAGCUCAGACAGAGACCGCUGUCUGGCCAGUGCAUCCUGCCACCUAGCCGGGAUGUACCCACCUUCGGGACGGUGGGUCUGGGACGAUAAGUUUGACUGGCAGCCAGUCGCCAUUCACACGCGGCCCGUCGAAGAAGAUCCGCAAGUGCCCAGGGUGCAAUGCGUGCGCAAAGAGCACUGGGAUUUUCUGAACUCGUCUAUUGAGAAGCAGAUGCUAGCACCAGGUGAAGGGGACUGUCCAGCGGCAACCAAGGAAGACGAACGCAUCAAGGCCUCUCCAGAGGGACAGCUCUUCCUUGAGAAGUACCAUAAACUGUACGUCUACCUGACGGAAAUGUCGGGAUCAAUCAUAAAAGAUUGGUCAACGACGGAGCAACUUUUCAAUACCCUUUACAUCGAGAAGCUGUACAAUUUCACCUUGCCCAAGUGGACAGAGAAGGUGUGGUCCAAUAUGAGCUACCAGUACGACCAGAGUUUUGUUUUUUAUGCCAAGACUCCACUGCUUCAGAGGCUACGUGCAGGUCCGUUGCUUGGCGACAUCACAGCACAUAUGGCAGCGAUAUCUGAGAAUAAAUCUGAGAACAACUACAAAGUCUACAUGUAUUCCAGUCAUGACACAGAAAUAGCAUCUCUGAGGGAGGCCCUCGAAAUCUUCAACAACAAGGCUCCCGAGUACUGCUCCACGGUUAUCUUUGAACUGUGGCGGGAGGCAGACGACACCUAUUCCGUAGAUACCUACACGCUGGAUGCAAACCACAUUGAUCCGCAGCCUCUGACCAUUCCAGGGUGUGGCACCCAAAGUUGCCCCUUGCCAACAUUCCUCAAAGUUGCCCGUGCCAAGGUGCCCGCUGAUUGGGCACAAGAGUGUGGACUGAAGAAACUCAUUACAUUUUCUACUACAGAGCUGGCAAUCAUCGCUGGAGUAAUGGCUGUGCUCCUGCUUACUGUCUUCGUCGUGGGCCUCUACUGUGUAUGCAGCAGACACGGCAACAAGAAAAGGACAGUGGCAUAUUCCCCUCUGCCAACUGAACUGUCCAUCAAUUGACUGCCAUUAUUAAGAGUACCGUAGGUUAAUCCUCCACUAUUAUACGAGCCGAAUAAUGUAUUUACUAUUUAGGUAUACAUCCUUUUAUACGCGAUUCACGGGAACUGUGCCUAGUCAGUCAGUGGGUUUACUGUUAUGUAUAUAACUUGUCCUCGGCAUAUCCAAUUGACAUAUAUUUACAUUUAGACGUACCUUUAGAAGUUUUUACAUAGCAAAAUAUCGUGUUGUU